GCUGCUCCUCUACCUGUUCCCCUCCACAGACCACACACACACAUAUACCCAUCAUGUCGCUUGCGAGAGUAGGAAGGUUCGCCUGCCUCCGCGCUGGCAGGCUCGCCGCUCCUGUCAAUGCCCGUUUUGUGUCGACCGCCGACGGCUCCGUCCAGACCAGCCCUGCUGAUGCCCCGACCAUCCCUCACAAAGACAGCACAUUGAUCCGCAAGGAGAGUCCUUCGCAGGCAAUGGCCCGUCACCAGCCCGAUUACGAGGCCACCAUUGACCACGCUACUUCGCAAUUCUCCCCCGUGCCCAAGCGUGUCAUGGAUGGCAGUGAGCCUGGUGACACCGUCGCCGCUGCUGUUCUGUCCGGCGCUCCCACCGAUCUGCAGGCUCGUACCGUCCGGAUCUACCGCCCCACGAAGCCCGCUACUCAGUCUGGAACCUGGCACGGUCACCACUGGAGAAUGGAUUGGGAUAUCUUGCAGAAGGGUCACCGGUGGGAGAACCCUCUGAUGGGCUGGCAAUCUUCCGCCGACUGCAUGCAGGGUACCAACCUCAAGUUCAAGACCAAGGAGGACGCCAUCCUGUUUGCGCAGAAGCAAGGUUACGAGUACUUCGUUCAGGAGCCCAAUGAGCGCCGGUUCGUUCCCAAGUCGUACUCCAACAACUUCCUCCACGAGCCGAAGAAGCUCAAGCACAUCAAGACCAAAUAAAUUGAGUUAUUCUUCGCGUCUCGUGUACAUAAGUGCAGGCUUUUGUUCUAGUUCUGAAUCAUGCUUGGAGGUUAAUUACAUUGUUUUCAACACUUCAACCUCCUCACACUUUCAAGUCCAUGGCUUGUUUUCGUCACCGAAAAGGUGUUUGCAUCACUAGAGGUGGCUUCCAGAAGGCGGUGUUUGACAUGGCACCUACUCAUGGACCAGGCUAAGAUACAGCCUUUUCAGCGGUUCCCUCAUGGUACAUAUGCUACGGAGGUUCGAACAAC